AAUUCGGCACAAUAUCUGUACAUCACGGAGGACUACCUUAGCUAAGCUCCUCCGUAGUUCUUGCAUUAUCCGUUAGGCCCCAGUAAUCAUCUCAAGUGCCCGGGCUGUCAGCAACACUUGAGUUGUGCCAUCCUCCUCCCUUCCCACCACUCCCGCCCUCGGACGCCUUCAAACCUUCCCAAGGGAGCCAUUGAACGGAUAUUGCACGGACAGUUAGACCCAAUUUCACACGUCCCCCCAAAUUGACAGAGAGAACCACUCUGUCUCUUCACGGGCCACUCCGUGCGACCAUCUACUACCAGAGUAUAUAUCUAUUCCACCCGUGCCCUUUUCCAUCCAUCGAAGCCGCCAUCAUGGCGGCGUGAUGAUGAAAUAUCUUCGACGUUCCAUCCCAGGCACCAUCGCCUCGAACAAAGAAACACCACCCGUGCAGGCUGAAGUAACAGCGACAAGCACCGCCACGGCCGCCGCCGACUCCUCCAGCAAAAUGGCCGGGUCCGGCUUUCUCAAUUUCACAAAGACCGUCCUGAUUCCGAUCUUCAUCGCCGCGGCGCUCUACCUCGUCGUCUUCCACGCCCUGUUACCGCUCUACCGCCGCCAUCGAGCCCGAUACUCGCAAUACCUCCCUCUCCAGUCGACCUCGUUGUUGUCCUCCCACUUCCCCGAAGCCCUGCAGCCGUCGUCCGUCCGUGAGCGGGUAAUGGGCGUCUUCGUGCGCCUCUUCCUCCCUUCGACGUGGGCGUUCCGCGAUCGCUUCCGCCGUCGCGACAGCGUCGUCAGCGCCGACGGCGAGCUCUUCGACGUCGAGUCCGGCGAGGCCAUGGUCGGCUUCGACGUCCAGGAACGGAACCAGCGCCGCCACGGCAUGGAGCGUCAGGUCUCCAACAUGGCCGCCGCCGCCCGGACCGCGAGCCAGCUCCAAGACGCCGCCAUGGACUCGGACCGGCGGUUGAGUCGAGAACUGGAAGAGGGCUUCCGGGAUGACAGCGAGGACGAAGGAGAUGCACCACGAGAAGUCGUGGUUGGGAACAGAAGCACGAGUGGUGGUGGUGGUCGACGGUGAUGACAGGUCCCCGUAUACACCUCCAGAAUAGAGAAAGAAGAAAAGAAGGGUACACUCUCUCUAUACAGACGAAAAUAAUGAAUGUCCACUUUUCUUCACCCUCGAAUCUGUGUGACAUGCACUUGCACCGUCCAUGUACUGCUUCAUUUACGGAGUAUAUAUCCAUCAUGCGCUAUAUACGGCCCUCCCAAGCAAGUGUAAAAAAAGUCCAGCACCAAAGUUGAUCUACCAGGAACAGAAUGCCCGGCUUCACCAGACGAUGAGAACUGGUCAGGUCCGAAGCGUCGCAUUGCUCAUCACCUCCCUCGGCUGCGCAUGCUCAACUCACCGUCAAACAUCUUGUCGACCGACAACACGCUUUCAUUAGCUAAUCGUUGACCGUGACCUUUUCCAGUAUGCAGCUUUAGCGGCAGCGACUGAAGAGCACGCAUGACUGUUUUAGCACGCCCACAUACACAGAGCGACCUCGUAAGCAAUGAGAGCCCCUUUAGACACCGAAAUUUGGUCAACUCCCUUUAUUGAGCAUAUGAAUAAUGGACAAGCAUGCAUGCAACUGCUCGCAAGAAAUAACAGAAAG